UGGGACUUUUAUUUGAACCGGAAGUCUGAAGUGCUCUUUAAUGUAGAAGGAAGUGUACGUUCACAAAGAAUAGUUUUACUGUUGAUAUCAUAUCAUGGCGUUAGAUGUGAAGUCCAGAGCGAAGCGCUAUGAAAAGCUGGACUUUCUUGGUGAAGGACAGUUUGCAACUGUGUACAAAGCAAGAGACAAAACCACAAACACUAUUGUCGCUAUCAAAAAGAUAAAAGUGGGGCACAGAACAGAAGCCAAAGAUGGCAUCAACAGAACAGCUCUUCGAGAGAUUAAGUUGUUGCAAGAGCUCAGUCAUCCGAACAUUAUUGGUCUCCUGGAUGCUUUUGGACACAAAUCUAAUAUCAGUCUUGUCUUUGACUUCAUGGAGACGGAUCUCGAGGUGAUCAUAAAGGACACCAGUCUUGUAUUGACACCAGCCAAUAUAAAGGCUUACACCCUAAUGACGUUACAGGGUCUGGAAUACAUGCACAAUCACUGGAUCCUGCACAGGGAUCUGAAACCCAAUAAUUUGCUCCUGGAUGAAAAUGGAGUCUUGAAGCUGGCAGAUUUUGGCUUAGCCAAAGCGUUUGGAAGCCCGAACCGAGUGUAUACUCAUCAAGUUGUUACACGAUGGUAUCGUGCCCCGGAGCUCCUCUUCGGUGCCAGGAUGUAUGGUGUGGGUGUGGACAUGUGGGCAGUUGGGUGCAUUCUUGCUGAGCUUUUACUCAGAGUGCCAUUUUUAGCUGGAGAUUCAGACUUGGACCAGCUGACAAAGAUAUUUGAAGCUUUGGGAACCCCAACAGAGGAGACAUGGCCUGGGAUGUCUAAUCUUCCAGACUAUGUGUCAUUUAAACUGUUUCCUGGCACUCCAUUGGAGCAUAUCUUCAGCGCAGCUGGCGAUGACCUUCUGGAGCUCCUGAAGGCAUUGUUCACCUUUAACCCCUGCACACGCGCUACAGCUACACAGGCUAUGAAGAUGAAGUAUUUCAGCAAUAGACCAGGACCAACCCCAGGACCCCAGCUUCCCAGACCAAACUCCUCAACAGAAGCACUGAAAGAGAAAGAAAACCUGUUGAUUGGAAUCAAGAGAAAACGUGACAGUAUUGAACAGGGUUCCCUUAAAAAGAAGCUGGUGUUCUGAGUGAUCUGGGUGCUGUUGUCUUCCACUAGUGCUGCUGUGGUUCUGCAUGAAUGGCAAAUCUACUGUUUAACAGUGCAUUUAACAGUUACAAAAUUAACAUAUUUAUGUGUCAGUUUAAUAAUUUUUUUAUGUAUUUCAGUAAAUUAAAUUAUACAAAAACUUA